UGCCCUGUACCGUGUUUUCAUUUUACUCUAUUUAGACAAGGCUGUUGUGCUUACUGGGUUUUAUGUAAAUAAUAACAAUAAGCCGCAGUGAGGUGGAAAUUUGUGCAGCGUGCACGUGCAGUGAAAUUUCGGACGUAGAUAAUAUUAAGUUUAUUUUGAAUAUUCAGUGUUCAGAGUUGGAUAACAUAGAGAAUUUGGGGGAUUUGGACAAGAUAGUGUGGCCGCAGAACCCUAAUUCUUUGAUGAUUUUUGCUACUUUCGAAGGACUGGGGCUUUCUACUAUUGGCAAGUUACCAGAAAAUCAGCAUGUGGAGACGCUUAACUUCAGCAGCAACGCGAUCCAGACGUACUGGCCUGAUCCCUUCAGCCAAAUCCGUAAAUUGAAGCGGUUGUCUUUCGCUCACAACGAUCUGACAGAAAUCACACCGGACCUUUUUACCAACAUUGAUCAAUUAGAAGACCUAGAUUUAUCUUACAAUAAACUGUACGACUUUAACCCGUUGGAUUUUAAAUACUUAGCCCGCGUAAAAAAAUUCAAUCUUCAAAGUAAUCAGUUAAAGAAGAUACCGUUAGAAGCCUUGCAGUCAAUGAUUUCAUUAGAGGAUCUAGAUUUGAGCAAGAAUAAUAUUUACGAUUUACUGCUGCAAAAAAAAGAUAAUUUGCCCAUGUUGAAGAUUUUGAAUCUUAGUGGUAACAGAAUAAGAUCGAUUACGAGGGAUUCUUUUCCUGACUCUAAUAACAUCGAACUUGUUGAUUUAUCCAACAACGUAAUAGAAAUAGUGGAGGACGAUGCCUUCUUGAAAUGCACGAAUCUACGGGAAUUGAAUUUAGCACAGAACAACAUAACUUUCUCCUUUGAUUUUCCGCCGUCAUUGCAAGUAAUCACGUUGAGGAUUAACAGGAUGCACAGUUGGCCGAGAUUUCCUAGCGGAAUAAAGCUUAUUGACAUGUCUUAUAACAGACUUCAAGGGAUUUAUGAUGAAAGUGUUACGGAAUUGCAUAAUUUGGAAUAUCUAGACAUAUCGGGAAACCAACUAAAGGAUUUUACUAUCAACAAACAACUGAACUCACUGUUGAGUUUGAAGCUCUCUUUUAAUUUAUUACAAGAAAUACCACAGUCAAUCAACAAUGAGAUGUUCCCACUUCUACAUGUGCUAACACUGGAUGGAAAUCCUAUUGAGACGAUUUAUUUCAAAAAACCAAUUACACUGGAAAUUCUCUCUUUGACGGAAUUAAAUAAUGUGAGAGUCAUUGAAAAGAGGGCAUUUAGUAACGUAGCGCCGAGAAUUGUGGAAAACUAUGAGGACAAUUGUUUCUCUCUCUUUUUGUCAAAUUGUCCAUCACUAGAGGUGAUAAGUGACGGGGCUUUUGAUGACACUUCUUUAUGCAUGUUAGAUAUAAGCGGCAACAAUCUAACAAGUAUAUCUCGAGAUCUUCUGGACUGGUCGAAGCUGAAUGAAGGUAUCAACCUGCAGUUCAAUCCGUGGGACUGCUCUUGCGACAUGCAAUGGAUCCUCGACGAAUUACUGCCGAAAAUGAUCCGUAGCAACUCUCGAUUGUUGGCUGAAUUCAGGUGCCAUUCGCCCCGUGGAUACGAGGGUCUCCGCUUGGUACAUUUCUACAACUGGACUGAAAAAGCCAUGUGUGAUGGACCAAGUGAUAAUUUUUUGUUGGACGUAGGAAGCGGGCAAAAGGUAUCAUCACUAACUCUCGUUUUAGUCGGAAUCAUUGUCGUAGGACUUCUGGUAAUUGUAGUACUUAUAGUGUACCUAAUCAGGAACAGAAAACGGUACAGGCUUCGUCAGGCUGCGUUGAAAAGAAAACGUCAAAGUUUGCGUGAUUCUAAAAAUUCUUGCGAACUACAUAAGGAACAAUUUUCUGCUUUAAACAGAAUGUGAAGGUAUUAAUACUGUAAUAAAUGCUGUUAAAUUCAUCAAACACGUGUGCCUACAUUCGGUGUUCGGGGAUUAGUGCCUUGUGAUAUCCUACUGUAAUUUUUAUUUGAUGGUUCAAAGUAAAGAUAAAUUUUUCUAGGAUAUGGAUGCCGUCAUCUCGCGGCUGUUACGCUUACAAGAAGUUAUAAAAAUGUGGUGUAUGUAAAUAAAUGACGUAUAGCUUGAGAAUGUUAAAUAGGAUCGCAAUUCAAAUAGCGAAGCCGCCAUAUUUGUGAUGUUAUCUACCCCAGUAACAUGAAAGCUAGAUGACGGCACCGCUAUCAGAGAAAACUGCGUCUUAAGCCUCUUUCAACAAGUUUCGAUGACGGCGGCGGUCAUGGCUCAUCUAUUUUAUUAUUUAUUUAUUGAGCCAUCAGCUGAAAACGAUAACAAAUAAUUAAGAAACUCAAAAUAUAAUAUAUACUUAAAAAGUAAUUCGUGUAUUGUAUUUAUUUAUUUAUUUUCAAGGGACAACAAACAAUUGUACAUGGUAUGAUUACAUUUGUUGUGAGGUUGAGUGACAUAAGUACACGUACAAUCAACAACAUUAUCCACAUAUCACAUAUUACAAAUUGUAAGGAUAAAUACUCCACACGGUUCAUCUCUAUGUGACGAUCUUUACGAUGUGACGCUACCAACGGGGGACUGUUUGAUGAAAUGUUCCUAUGUAAAUAAAAGGUUACCACGCACAUUUUAGUGGUAGUAGAGUUCCUUAUGAAGCUCGUCCAGGGAAUUACUGCCACCUUACUUAUUUCUGCCGCUAAGCAGUAAUGUGAGCAUUACUGCGU